AAAAGAGAAGUAGCACAGGAAGUGACUGAGGUCUCGGUGAAGGCAAAGAAACUCUCUCGCACAGAUGCUUCAGAGUGCAGCAGACAUUUUGUGCUUCUCCGCAUUCAUCUCAAAGAUCUGGUUGGUAUCAACAUCAGGCUGGAGGGAGGACUCGGGUCCAGUCUGCUGCGGAAGCUUUCUUCCAGGAGAUCUCACAGACGUAACAACAGUCCCCGCCCCCAAGACGCCAAUGACAUGGGGGGCAAUGGAGAUGACAGCGGGCCGGGGAGGCUGAGCCGCAGGUUGUCUCGUCUGGGCAGACAUCAGUCAAGGGAUCCUCCGAGACCCCCAGCUCAGCCAGAGAGACCUCCUGCUCAACAAGAUGACAGGCCUGCUCCACCCCAGGCUCAGGCUCCAGCUGCAGCCCCGGCUUCUCUCCCCCUACCCUUGGAAAUGCCCCCGAAACGCCCUGACAAAUCCACAAAGCCCAAACUGCCCCGCCGACCCCUGUGCCGGGUGUUUAGCAGCACUGAACAUGGAGCAGCUGUGUUGCAGGGCUGUGAUACUUUUCGGGGAGACGAGACUCUGUGCGAUGUCAUUUUGAUUCCUGGAGACAGCAAAGAAAAGUUCCCCGUGCAUAGAGUCAUCAUGGCUUCUUCUAGUGAUUAUUUCAAGGCCAUGUUUACAGGAGGCAUGAGGGAGCAGGAGAUGAGAGAGAUCAAGCUGCAUGGCGUCACCAAGUUAGGUUUAAAGAACAUCAUAGACUUCAUUUACACAUCCAAAGUCAGCCUGGACAUGGGAAAUCUGCAGGACACACUGGAGGCUGCAAACUUCCUUCAGGUCAUGCCCGUUCUCAGCUUCUGUAACCAGCUGCUCAGCAGUGAGAUCACUAUUGAUAACUGUGUGGAGGUGGAGCGCAUCGCCACUGAUUUGCUCCUGGAGGACGUUCAGCUUAAUAUAGGUGAGUUUGUGAGCCAGAACCUCUCAGCGUUGGUGGAGAGCGGACGCUACCUCCAGCUCUCUGAAACCUCCAUGGCCAACGCUCUGUCCAGUAACUCUCUGGAGGGUUUCUCUGAGGUGGAGCUCUACAACAUCGCCAGAGGAUGGCUGGGCCACAACCCUCCAAGUCGCCGCUCAUCCGUCUACGCUCUAAUGCGUCAUAUACGCUUCCCACUGAUGAGCCCCGGUGAGCUGAUCGGGAUCUCCCAGGAUGACGAGGAGGGAGGAGACUCCAUGAUGCGCUCCGAGACUUCCUGUGUGAACCUGCUGCUGGAGGCCAGCAACUACCAGAUGAUGCCUUUCAUGCAGCCGGCUCUGCAGACUGAGCGGACACAGAUACGCUCCGACGCCACGCACAUUCUGGCUCUGGGUGGUGUGAUGAGACAGCAGCUGGUGGUCAGCAGAGAGCUGAGGCUGUACGAUGAGAAUACGGGUCACUGGAAGGCGCUGAAGCCCAUGGAGGUGCCGCGUUAUCAGCAUGGGGUGGCUCUCCUGGGCGGCUUCCUCUUCAUCGUUGGAGGUCAGAGCACUUAUGACACCAAAGGUAAGACGGCCAUCGACAGCGCUUACCGCUACGACCCGCGCUUUGACAAGUGGCUUCAGAUCGCCUCACUCAACGAGAAGAGAACGUUCUUCCACCUGAGCGCUCUGAAGGGGAAACUGUACGCAGUCGGAGGGAGGAACACCUCAGGGGAGAUUGACACGGUGGAGUGCUACAACCUGAAGAAGAACGAGUGGACGUUUGUGAACAACAUGGUGGAGCCUCACUACGGGCACGCUGGAUCAGUUCAUGGAGACCUCAUGUACAUCUCAGGUGGCAUUACCCGUGACACAUUCCAGAAGGAGCUCUGGUGUUACGAUCCUGUCGCUGACACGUGGUGCAGACGAGCCGACAUGAUGGAGCUCCGCGGCCUGCACUGCAUGUGCACCGUGGGAGACAGACUCUACGUCAUGGGCGGGAAUCACUUCAGAGGCAGCAGCGACUACGACGACGUCCUGGGCUGCGAGUAUUACAACCCAGAGGCGGACCAGUGGACGGUGGUGGCGCCGAUGCCGCGGGGCCAGAGCGACGUUGGCGUGACGGUGUUUAACGGGCAGGUCUAUGUAGUGGGGGGGUAUUCCUGGAACAGCAGGUGCAUGGUGGACAUUGUGCAGAGGUAUGAUCCGGAGCAGGACGUGUGGGACAGAGUGUUCAAUGUGCUGGAGCCUCUGGGGGGGAUUCGUGCUUGUACCAUGACGGUUCACCUGCCGGAGGGGUCUGUGGACGAGGCCCAGAUACAGGACUGUCCACUGCCCACAGCUAAGAGCUGAGGAGCACUAGAGGCAAGAGGGUUCUUCUUAGUGUUGAUGCUGUCAGAAACGGGGAGAAAAUAUGCAAAAAGGAGAAAAAAAACGGGUCACAUGUACGGGUAGCAGCUGCGAUGGCUAGGUAGCUAAAAUUAGCCUUCAGAAGUUAUUUUUCCAGAAGUUCACCGCCUGAAGUUCCAUUUUCUUUCCUCACAUUGCACCAUUCUUACUUUUGUGUACUUUCUCAAUCGUCCCUCUCGAGUCUGCUUGACAUUUAUUUUCUUUUUGGACAUGGUAGUCGUUGUUUUCACAGGUAAUAGUUCAAUCAACUUUGAGGCGAAAAAAAAAAAAAAAGUCGAAGCAUCUCAACGGCUAAGAAGUUAUGCACCAGACGUGGGGUGGUUUCCAAUUUUUUGCUUCUGUCAGACCACACAUGCGGAGAAAAUGAAACACAACAUUUUGUGGCUUGCAAGGUCGAGGUGUGAGGUACACGGGGCUAGCUUACAAGUUAGACAGUUAUUCCGUCAAGCACUUUACCAUCGCAGGUGCCUUUUUCGGUCCUUCUGUUGCAUAUGUCCUGCUCUUGUGUUCUUUCACGAGCUAUCCCACCUCUCAAACUGGCUUCAACUUUGAUUCCUUUUGGACAUUAUUGUUUCAAAGGGUGACGUUUUAUCAGAUCAACCUCUGAGUCAAACAGGUCAGUAUUAGUUAGUUGGUCUUUGGAGUCCCAUCGAUGGCGGUGGCCAUGCUGGAAAUGCUGCCUCAACCUAACUUUCUGUCAACAUAACGAGAGGUUAGGCAGGUUUUAAGUCUCUUGAGCCCUCCCACCCGACACACAGUAUGUGCCAUCUGAGCCAUGAGCUAAUCAGGCCUAAUUCAUUUUUUUAACCAGGCUGUAAAUUUCUUUAAAACUCCUUUUUUUUCGGUUGGGGUGAGCAUGCAGGGGCGGACUGACCAACGGCCGUCCCUUUAUGUGGCUCAUCAGAAGAAAAAAAAAUGUAUCAGGGCAGUCCAACCUGACGUGUUUGGGGCCGACAUCAUUAAUGCGUGAAAUAUCACAAACGAACCAAUAACGCAAUAUGGAAAAUAAUAAAAUAACACCGUAAUUUCGGGUAGUCCACGAUAAAAUGAAUAAACUUUUACUGCCACAGCAUUGAGUACAUUUUCAUUAGCAACCUAUAAACUAAAUUUCUAUCCUUCAAGUUCAUAUAGGUUAGGCCUACCUUCUUUGAGAGUGUUCUGAAAUACUUUUGUUUUAUUGUAGUUUUAUUGUAGUUUUGUUAUAAAUAAACACCUCAGAAAUUA